AUGUCUUCCACAAACAGUCCUUUGAAAAUCGUCAAGCGUCCCUGGAAUGCUCGUGGCCAUGCUGACCACGGCUGGCUCUACACUUUCCACACCUUCUCCUUUGCAUCCUACUACGACCCCAGCCACGAAAGUUUCGGACCCCUUCGUGUCAUCAACGAAGACCGCGUGGAAAAAGGCACAGGAUUUGGCACGCACUCCCACGCCGAAUUUCUUAUCUGGUCAUACAUUGUUAGCGGCGAACUCGAACACAAAGACAGCAUGGGAAACCUCGAAAACCUCGUUCGUGGAGAAGUGCAAUUUACCUCUGCAGGAACUGGAAUCAGGCAUUCAGAGUACAACCGCAAGCAAACCGAAGAUGUGCAUUUUUUGCAGAUAUGGGCUAAGCCCUACACCAGAGGAUUGAAGCCUAGUUAUGUGACUAGAAAGUUUACAGAUGAGAUGAAGGAAAACAAGUUGGUCAGGAUUAUGGAGGAUCUGAAGAGACAUGAUGGAACAGACGCCAGCGAUUCGCCUAUCCCUUUGCAUGCGGAUCUGAGUAUGGAUGCUAGUAUUUUGAGUCCUGGCAAGAGUGUUACUCAUGACAUUGUUGCCGAGGGCAAGAGAAAUGUCUUUGUGCAUCUUGUUAUGGGUGGCCGUACACAGCCAAAGUCGGGAGGUGCAAAGAUCAGAGUUGGUGGUGUUGAGUUGGGCGAGGGUGAUGGUGCUUACAUUACCAAUGCUACCGGGCCCGGAAAGAUCGAGGUUGAGAGUGUGGGCGACAAGCCUGCUGAAUUCUUGCUAUUCGAUAUGGGUCUGUAG